AUUUCCGAGUUGUUUACAUUUUGAGAAACCAUACGAUAUUUUCUCAAAGAAUAUUAGCAAGUCUAUUCAUUUAACUAAAGAUGCCGAAGAUAAAAAGAAGCCGAAAACCUCCUCCAGAGGGGUGGGAGUUGAUAGAACCGACUAUUGAUGAGUUAGAUGCUAAAAUGCGCGAAGCUGAAACUGAUCCUCAUGAGGGUAAAAGAAAAGUUGAAGCUAUGUGGCCCAUAUUUCGUUUACAUCAUCAAAAGUCAAGAUAUAUUUAUGAUUUAUUCUACAGACGUAAAGCUAUCAGCAGAGAACUUUAUGAAUAUUGUUUAAAAGAGAAUAUUGCUGAUAAGAAUUUAAUAGCUAAAUGGAAGAAGCAAGGCUAUGAAAACUUAUGUUGUUUAAGAUGUAUUCAAACAAGAGAUACUAAUUUUGGUACUAACUGUAUUUGUAGAGUUCCUAAACCUAAAUUAGAAUCAGGAAAGAUUGUAGAAUGCAUACACUGUGGUUGUAGAGGGUGUUCUGGUUGAGUAAAGUUGAAGUAUGAAAGAUGUAUAAAUAGUUGGUGUAUGAUGUGAUGAUGUAUAUGGAAACAGUUAAUCAAAUUAUUUAUGUGCACUGGAAAGUUUUGAAACAGGUUAACUCAGGAUCCUGAAGAAAAGCAGACAUCAAGGAAAAUUCUUUUGAUCUCUCCUGAAAGUGAUGUUUUAUUACUUAAAUCUUAGAAAAAAUGUCAUUUUGAAAUAUUUGAAUAUCAUGUACAAUUUUCACAAAAUAAGCAUUGUAAUUUACAAGAGAGUGCUUAAUUCAUUCACUGUAGAGCAUUGAAGCGAUUAGGCAUUUAUCAUGUUUCAUAUAUGUAUAUAACAUUUUCUUUUCAAUUUGUAACAUUGUGAACUUAAUGACAAGAUGAAUGUAAAGAUUUUGUAAGAAAAGAAAUAAAGUUGUAAAUAAAAUAAAACUAUAAUUUUAG